AUGACCCGGACCAAAGAUACGCCCUUAUACAUGCAACGGGCCUGCUACCAGAUCAUCACCACGCGCACGCCCAAGGCAAGCAGAUCGCUGUCGCCUCUCGCGCGCGCAAGAGCGAUCGUGACGCGCACCGUGUCGUAUCGCCGCGCGCCCGCGGCCAUAGCGCGUCACGGCCCAUCUGCACGGCCCAUCUGCACUGCCCAUCUGCACGGCCCCACUCACUCUCACAACCCGCCGCGUCUGCUAACGCACGCACCUUGCGAUCGCCCCCGGGGUGCGUCGCGAGGCCCGCCCGCCCGCUCACACUCGCUGCGCCUCCCCACGCACCGUUCCUCCUCGCCCCCGGGCAUCAUUGCACCGCGGCGAGUGCGAGCGAGGGCGGGCACAGGGAAGCUCGUGCAUAGCGGCACAGGGAAGCUCGUGCAUAGCGGCACAGGGAAGCUCGUGCAUAGCGGCACAGGGAAGCUCGUGCAUAGCGGCACAGGGAAGCUCGUGCAUAGCGGCACAGGGAAGCUCGUGCAUAGCGGCACAGGGAAGCUCGUGCAUAGCGGCACAGGGAAGCUCGUGCAUAGCGGCACAGGGAAGCUCGUGCAUAGCGGCACAGGGAAGCUCGUGCAUAGCGGCACAGGGAAGCUCGUGCAUAGCGGCACAGGGAAGCUCGUGCAUAGCGGCACAGGGAAGCUCGUGCAUAGCGGCACAGGGAAGCUCGUGCAUAGCGGCACAGGGAAGCUCGUGCAUAGCGGCACAGGGAAGCUCGUGCAUAGCGGCACAGGGAAGCUCGUGCAUAGCGGCACAGGGAAGCUCGUGCAUAGCGGCACAGGGAAGCUCGUGCAUAGCGGCACAGGGAAGCUCGUGCAUAGCGGCACAGGGAAGCUCGUGCAUAGCGGCACAGGGAAGCUCGUGCAUAGCGGCACAGGGAAGCUCGUGCAUAGCGGCACAGGGAAGCUCGUGCAUAGCGGCACAGGGAAGCUCGUGCAUAGCGGCACAGGGAAGCUCGUGCAUAGCGGCACAGGGAAGCUCGUGCAUAGCGGCACAGGGAAGCUCGUGCAUAGCGGCACAGGGAAGCUCGUGCAUAGCGGCACAGGGAAGCUCGUGCAUAGCGGCACAGGGAAGCUCGUGCAUAGCGGCACAGGGAAGCUCGUGCAUAGCGGCACAGGGAAGCUCGUGCAUAGCGGCACAGGGAAGCUCGUGCAUAGCGGCACAGGGAAGCUCGUGCAUAGCGGCACAGGGAAGCUCGUGCAUAGCGGCACAGGGAAGCUCGUGCAUAGCGGCACAGGGAAGCUCGUGCAUAGCGGCACAGGGAAGCUCGUGCAUAGCGGCACAGGGAAGCUCGUGCAUAGCGGCACAGGGAAGCUCGUGCAUAGCGGCACAGGGAAGCUCGUGCAUAGCGGCACAGGGAAGCUCGUGCAUAGCGGCACAGGGAAGCUCGUGCAUAGCGGCACAGGGAAGCUCGUGCAUAGCGGCACAGGGAAGCUCGUGCAUAGCGGCACAGGGAAGCUCGUGCAUAGCGGCGCCUCGUGCAUAGCGGCACAGGGAAGCUCGUGCAUAGCGGCACAGGGAAGCUCCGGCACAGGGAAGCUCGUGCAUAGCGGCACAGGGAAGCUCGUGCAUAGCGGCACAGGGAAGCUCGUGCAUAGCGGCACAGGGAAGCUCGUGCAUAGCGGCACAGGGAAGCUCGUGCAUAGCGGCACAGGGAAGCUCGUGCAUAGCGGCACAGGGAAGCUCGUGCAUAGCGGCACGCGAAUAGAACCUAGGCGGCCCUCACGGGGUGAGUCGCCCCACUGCAUUCCCUCCAUUCCCCUCCUUCCAUUCCCCUCCUUCCAUUUCCCCCCUUCCAUUCUCCCUCCUUCCAUUUCCCUCCUUCCAUUUCCCUACUUCCAUUCCCUUCCUUCCAUUGCCCUCCUUCCAUUCCCCUCCCCCUCCUUCCCUUCUGCCCUUCCCUUCCUGCCCUUCUCUUCCCGCGCUUCCCGUACCACCCUUCCGUCCCUGCCCUCCCAUCUCUCCCUCCUGCCCUCCCAUCUCUCCCUCCUGCCCUCCCAUCUCCCCGCCCUGCCACCCGUCUCCCCCCUGCCCUCCCAUCUCCCCGCCCUGCCACCCGUCUCCCCCCUGCCCUCCCAUCUCCCCGCCCUGCCAUCCCGUCUCCCCCCUGCCCUCCCAUCUCCCCGCCCUGCCGUCCCGUCUCCCCCCUGCCCUCCCAUCUCCCCGCCCUGCCGUCCCGAGCAAGGCGGCCAUCAGUGCAUGCGGCCCGCCAUGGCGUCGCUGCCCUCCUCCUCCUACCUCGUCGCCGGCUUGCUUGGCCGCCCCGGCGCUGCCAAGGCCAUGGCGCGCACCGACGCCGCGCCCGCGGAUGCGGCCACCGCGGGCAGCAGCGGGGGGGCGGGCAGUGGCGAGGGCGGGCAGUGGUACUUCAGCCGCGAGCACAUCGAGAAGCACUCGCCGUCGCGUGCUGAUGGCAUUGACUUGCGGCGUGAGACGUAUCUGCGCCGCUCCUACUGCACCUUCCUGCAGGACCUCGGCAUGCGCCUCCGCGUGUACACCCUCACCCCCCACCCCACCCCCGCGCCUCACGCCCUUCCCCCGCGCCUCGUGCCCUUCCACCGCGCCUCAUGCCCUUCCCCCGCGCCUCAUGCCCUUCCCCCGCGCCUCAUGCCCUUCCCCCGCGCCUCAUGCCCUUCCCCCGCGCCUCAUGCCCUUCCACCGCGCCUCAUGCCCUUCCCCCGCGCCUCGUGCCCUUCCACCGCGCUUCAUGCCCUUCCCCCGCGCCUCAUGCCCUUCCACCGCGCCUCAUGCCCUUCCACCGCGCCUCAUGCCCUUCCCCCGCCCCUCACGCCGUUCCCCCGCCUCAACCGUUGCUCUUGCCUGACCUGCUCGCAUGCAUUGGGCAAAUGGCCCGCCAGUCUGCUCGCAUGCAUUGGACAAAUGGCCCGCCAGCCGCAGAUAACGAUAGCGACGGCCAUCGUGUUCUGCCAUCGCUUCUUCAUGCGCCAGUCGCACGCCAAGAACGACCGCUAUGCGAUAGCGACGGUGUGCAUGUUCCUGGCGGGCAAGGUGGAGGAGACGCCGCGCGCGCUCAGGGAGGUAGUGCAGAAGAGCCUCGACGCGCAGGCCCGGAAGGACCCCGCCGCCGCUGCCAAGCUGCCCCACAAGGAGGAGCAGCAGAGGGAGGUGGUGCUGGUGGGCGAGGGGCUGGUGCUGGCGACGCUGGGGUUCGACCUGAACGUGGCGCACGCCUACAAGCCCCUCGUGGCCGCCGUCAAGCGCUUCAAGGUCGCCCAGCAGGCCCUCGCCCAGGUCGCCUGGAACUUCAUCAACGACGGGCUGCGCACGUCGCUGUGUCUGCAGGUGCGCGCGGAGCAGUUCGCGGCGGGCGCCAUCAGCCUGGCGGCCAAGUUCCUGCGAGUCAAGCUGCCGGGCGACAGCGACUCACCCUGGUGGGCCGACUUCAACGUCUCGCCCAAACUGCUCCACGACGUGAGUGUGCAGUUGCUGGAGCUGUACGAGCAGGUGCGCCUCGCCCCCAACCCCACCUACAACGCCUCCACUGCCAUCGCUCCCUCCGCUGCUGCUGCCGCCCGUGGCACCUCCCGUGGGGCCGCGUCCUCCCUCUCCUCGCAACCCCCCCUGCCAUCCGCCACCACCACCAGCAGCAGCGCCCCCUCGCAGGGGAGGGCGUCCGCUGGCGGCUUUAGUGACUCACGCGGCGCUGCUGCUGGCGGCGGGGCUGUGGGCGCGCAGGGGGCGAGGAGGCACAGUGACGGGGAGAGGGAGCGAAACGUGGAGAGAGGCGGACAGCGGGAGAGUGAUCGCAGGAGGGAGCGGGAGGCGGUGAAGGGCAGGGAUGGGAGGGCGGGUGGUAGCGUGGGAGGUGAGGGUGGCGCGAGUGGGGAUGGCGCGAGGAGGGCGGGUGAGGCAGGCACAGUGGAGGAGAGGGGAGGGCGGCAGAGUGGGGGCGACUCAGAUCACGGCGGAAAGGGUGGGGAGUCACAGAGGCGAGGCGGGGAUGGAGCAGUGAAGGAAAGGGAAGGGGGAGAAGGCAGAAGGGGCAGUGGGGGAAGCAAAGAGGGCGUGGAGGAGGAGGAUGGGGAGAUAGGCGAGUGGUCAGGCGGGCAGGUGGAGGAGCAUGGCAGCCCACCUCAAGGGGGGCCGGGCAAGGGGGGGCGGGGCAGUGCGGUGGAUAAGGGCGAAGGGGCGGAGGGGUGGAGGAAGAGGAGGUGGGGUGGGGAGGAGGAGAUGGAGUAUGAGGCGAUGCUGGCUGACGUGGACGUGGGGGCGCGAGGCACGGGGGGCGUGAGGGAGAGGGAGAGAGGCAGGAAUGAGACGCAGCAGCAGUGGAGUGGGGUGAGGGAUGGGAGUGGGGAGAGGCGGCAGCAGGUGAGGGCUCACGUGGCGUCUGUGGAGGGAGGGGCGGGUCGUGACGGGGCAGGCGGUGCGGGCAGGAGGGAGGAGGGCGAGGAGGGCGAGGAGGGCGAGGAGGGCGAGGCGGGCGAGAUAGGGGAGGCGGGGGAGGUGGGUGUGGAGGAGCGGGGCCGGGGGGAUGCGGAGGAUGGUGGGCGCGCAGAAGGCAGGGGGCGGCGGGGUGGCAUGGAUGUGAACCAGCAUGAAGGGGCGGAGCGCAGUGGCAUGGAUUUGAACCGCGCCGCGGAGGAGCCAGCAGCAGUGCGCAGCAGGGGUGGGGCGAGCAGCCGAGGGCUCUCCGGUGCUGCUGGAGGCAGCAGUGCUGCUGGUAGAGCCGACCAACGGGCGUCAAAUGACGGAGAGGAGCACAGAGGGGUGCCUCACGGUGCGUUGAGGCGAGUUAGAGAUGCGGACGAGGCUGGCGAUGGCGAUGGUGAUGGCGAUGGGGAGAGUGGGAGUGGGAGACACAGGAGUGGUGGCGAGUGGGGACGGCACAAGAAGGCUCGCAUGGACCCAUGA